AUGGAAGUUCGCCUUAUCAUGAGUUCGAAAUUCUGCGACAUCACCUUAGGCUCGUCCCCAAUGACUAAAAGGAUGUUUUUCGAACGGUAAGUUCAUUAAGACUUAGAAAAAAAUUUGAUAUAGAGAUUUUUCCUCAAUCUAUUGAAAUGUUGCUCAAUUUUUUUUUUCAACUUGUUGUGCACCUGCUCUUCAUUUUAAUUUUUUGCAACUUUCUCACUUCUUAACCUUCUUCAGAAUUACGAAGUCGAAGUCAACGUUGAAGCAGCAGUCCGAAAUGGGUAAGAAAAUGUCCAUCGUUCAAGAAAAUCUGACUUUCCAGCGUUCGAACGUUGCGUCGAUAAAUUCAACGGCGUUCAGUCUUGGUUUUGUAGUAAAGCCUUGAACUACCUCAUAAAGAACGAGAAAGAUGUUGUCUUCAAGUCGCAAAAAGUUUGCCCAUAUAAACUCUACCUUUAUUUACGAAUUGACUUUGUCAGGAAGUCGACCCUGUGAUCAGUUUUUUCGUCGGCCUCACAAAAGAUUAUCCGUCAAAGCAAGAUAUUGGUAAUGAAGGUCAAGGUUCUUUUAUUUUAAUUGGAAAAUUUCAGUAAAAUUUUUUUCUCCCGAAGAAGAAAGUCAGAAUGAUAUCGCUCGUGCUUUGGAUUUUUUUGCGUUGAUGGGCGAUGAAUACGUAGAUUCGAUAACUGAAGUCGUCGAAAUGCAUUCAAUUUCAGAAUUCUGUUCUCAUGUCUUACGCUGAAGGAUUCAAGAAAAACUUCGCUGUGAGUAACGAGUUGUAUACUGCGUUGUUGAGCAAGGACAGGAUCUCCCGUAUUUUUCUUUCUUUUCUAAGAAUUUUCGAAGAUUAAUUUUAAGAGUUGCGCAAAAUGCUGGUUCAUAUGAACAUGAAGAACAGCUACUCCUUUUUUGACAAUUUCAUAGCAUCUUGGAUAGUGCAAAACAACGAUGAGAACCGUCUGGUUACCGCUACAGAACUGUAUACCAACGGAAUGUUCUGGUUCGUUUUUUCUUUUUUACAGGAAAAAUUUCAAAAAAUUCAGGGAUUGCUACUGUCUGAUGAAACUGUUCCGAUACGACAAUACGCCCUUCGGUGACGAAGUCAAGCAGAAAGUUCUCCAAGACUUCGUCGGCUCUUUGGAGCAAAAACAUCCGGAACUUGCUCAAUUCUUGUGAAUUCUCCACGUUGAAUACUUGAUUAUCUAUUUCGGUCUACAGGCUCACUGGGGAACAACGGGAAAACUUGUCCGCCAUCCAUCAGCUCAUGAUGAAGGACAUCUCGGAGUCUGGGGUUAAUUUGGCUUUUUAUUCAAAAAAAUCAUUUAUUUAUUGUUAAGCCCGGCGCUGUUCGAGAAAUCUUUGAAGCGUUCGAGAACAAUGAAAAGAUUGAAAACUUUUUAGAAAAACUGGUAAUUUUUGAGAUGAAAACUUUUUCGAAAUUUAUAAUUUUCUAGGAGAAGAACACGAUUCUGAGCGCGAACCUUUACUAUGUCCUUCUGCGAUCCAUCGUGGCUGACGAUAAAUUUGUAUUCACUGAUCUCAUUGAAAACAAGGCGAUCGAAAGUUUCGCUUCAUUCAACGUCUUCUCCGAUUUGCAGCAGCUCAUUUACCAGGUUCUUUUUUUUUUCUCGGGACUAGUCUGAAUAUCGUUUCAGAACGCGGUUCGAAUCUCCAAGGAUAUCGUUCGAAUUUUCUUGAAAAUCAGUAACGAAAAAGUCGAGCCGAGCAAGGGCAAGACAAGUGAUUUAUCAAAGUUUUAAAAAGAUGAACGCAAAAUUUCAGAUUAUUUGGACGACGUUCUGGCCGCUUGGGAGGUGAAAGGAGUUUUCAGCGAUCUCCACAAUGAUCUCCGACGUGGCAGCGUUCUGUCUUUUAUUCAGAAGUUGGAAUCCUCCAUCAACUUGUCCGGAUUCAAAGAAAUUUCGCUGGUAUGUUGGAAAAAAAAAACCUUUAAAGUGAUAAUGCAACGUGUUGCGUUUUCACAUAAUCGCGUCUAAAAGUUAGCUUUUUUUAAGGACCCAAAAAAGCAGUUCGAAACCAAAGAUCAAUGGAUUGAGUACAACCGCAAGUUGCCGAUAAUCGUCAAGAGCGCCUUGAGAUUUGCAUAUCUGCUCGUGGAAAUGAUUGGCCUCAAAUCUUCAUGGGAUCACGAAUCUAUCGACGAAAUUCUCAACCGGGAAAUUUACUCUUGCUCCAAUGAUCUCACCCAAAUCUACACAAAAUUACUUACAAGUGAUUAAUUUAUCUCCGCCGAUAUCUAAUAAUUAUUUUUUAGAUAGCAUCGUAGCUUCUAACCAGGAAAAAACUCAAAAUGAGAAAAAAUUGGCCAUAAAUCCGACGACAGGUUUUUCCUCCAGAGAUACCUGGAAUAGUAUCAAACUUUAGGGAAACCAAGAGGUUCGAUGCGUUCACCGUCUUAUGAGCAAACCGUUUCGACCAAGGAUGAGAUCGUUAUGCUUGUGAAGCUGGCUGAUGAUCCCGAAUCUAUCGAAAUCAAUCGUUUUUCCUUCAUUCAUUUUGGACGUUUUAAUCAUUAUUUCAAGAAGUCCUGCCCGAAGAAACGCCAUCUGAACCGUCAAAACCAUCACAAGAGGACGAACGAUCUUACACGAAGGAGUUCAUUCAGGUUUCUUCCAAUUUUUCGACUUGUAAAUAUUGUUCUACCGAUUCAGAACGUUGGACAGAAUACGAGUUUGAAGAACGAUCUGAAAGAUACGGUCAACUCGGGACUUCCAGAGUUUGUGAACAAAAUCCGCAACGAAUCGACGCAGGACGCGUUGGAAUAAAAACUAUUUUAUUUUUUAAUCUAAUGUCUUGCAGUGACUGGAUUGAAAAAAAAAUUGAUGAACGAGUUUCCAUGUCGGCAAGUGAUCCGGCCCUCGCUCAGAAACAGGACGAUCAGGUUGCCCAAAACAAGCCAAAAGAACCAGUACGAUGGAGCUGAGAAAAAAAUCAGGAUUUUUUGAUUUCAGGCUUCGCUUUACGGCAACUCCGAGUCAAACUCUCAGAUCACUAGCGAAGACAGUGGCUUCGGACGCGGAGCCGUCAAAUCUCAACUCAACACGGAGGCCUCGGAAACGCCUGUCAUGCCGACGCCGGUUGGCGAUGAUGAUGACGACGGCUGGGGUCCGAAGAAAACUGAAUCAACCCUCCCGAAGUUCGGCGUUCUUGUACAUCUUAUCAUCAAAAAAAAAUCGAAACAAAAAGAACAAUUUUAGAACGAUGAAGACAGAAAGAUAAUCGAACGACAUCAGAACCGCACAGACCUGGAUAGAACUGUUGUUUAUCUGAAUAACGGCGGUUCACAUAGGAAAAAUGUAGGCCCGCUAAUUGAAAAAUUCCAAAAGUUGAAUCUCUUCAGGCCGCACCCGAGAAUCAAUAUGAAGAAGACAGACCGAAGCCUACGACUCAGUUCCAGAUUUCUGGAUUCGGAGGCAGUUUCGGAAACGCGAGCCUGAACAGUUCGACUCCGUUUGGAAAACCGGAUAACACUCCCACCAGUGGUGGUGGUUUUGGAACUGCGACCAGCGGCUUCGGAAACAGCGGCGGAUUCGGUAACGCUAACUCCGGAUAUGGAAACGAUGUAAGUUGAUCGUAAGGUGAAUUAAAAUUUGAGUUCAUACGAAAUCAACGAAUUAGAAAUUCAGAAGGUAAAAGAUCGUUUAAACUUGAAAUCUUGACUUUUGGUUAGUAAAUCGUAUGCAGAAAAUAUUUGGAAAAAUUACAGCUUUAAUUUCAGUUUCUGAAUAUUUUCUAGAAUUUCACGCAGAUUGAAAAUAUAAUUCUCCUGCUUCAAUCAAAGUAAUCUCAACUCAACGUUUCAACUUGAAUGUUUAUGUUUUCAGAAUGGAUAUCGUGGUGGUACACGUGGUCGUGGAAAUGCUUACCGUGGCUCUGGCGGCCGUAUUCGUGGAGGCGGCGGUGGUUCCGGAAACAACCAGGGAUACGGUUCCAAUCAAGGCGCCAACUCAUCGAACUACGGACGCGAAAACUUCAAUUCGUCGGGUUACCAUGCUUGA